GUGCGCAAUUUUUUCUUCUGAUUUGUGAGAAAAAAACAGUAGCAGCCGCAGCAGAUCGAAUUUUUUGGUGAAAAUUUUACGAAAUCUUUUGGAAAUUACUUGACCCUAUCAUAAUUAAUUUUAAUUCCACACGGAAGUUUUUUAAGUUGACUUGGGUCAUUUGAAGUCAACCUUUUCAAAAUCGUAGAAUGGAUUCCCGAAUGGAUGUCGAUGUUGAAGAGAACAUGUCCCUGUCGCCGGGCGAAGAACGUUCCGAAAUUUUAAGCGGAUCUUCCGUCGGUUCGCAAACGGAGAUAAAUCAUCCGGCUCUCCUGAAUCCACUGGUUCAAUCCGCCAUUUUCGGAUUCUUGCCACCAUCCGCGUUAAAAGCGUGUCGCCAAGUUUGUAAAGACUGGGAGAGGGAGGCCACGUUUCAUCUCGGAAAAUGUUCGAGACUCUCACUGAACAAAUUUUGUGGGUCGGGACCCCUCCACAAAUUGAUGCCCAUCUGCGACGACCGGUUCUGUGGACGGAUCUACCUCGAUUAUGACCACGCUGAGGAAAAGGAUCUCGCCAAAUGGGACAGUAUUGGACAUAAGUUUGCGGUGUUCUUGAUGGAAAAAGGCGUCCUCGUGGGGGACCUGAAGGUCGAGAUGGACCCCUAUUUUUUGCCGAAAUUACGCUACCUUAUCGUGGAUUGCGGAUUCUUUCCCAACCUGGAGGUCCUGUCCCUUUACGAGCGCCACCCCGAAGGGCCCUUCACCCCUUUAAUGCCGGAAGCCCUGGAAACUCCGGAGAUAAUGAGACAUAUUCGAAGGCUGGAGUUUUGUAGAGCCGAAGGGAGCAUCGAAAACCCUGAAAACGCCGGAAAUGCGUCUACAUUUCAUCCCUUCUUGGAAGAAAUUAUUGAAAAAUCACCCAAUUUGGAGGAGUUGAAGAUUGAAGAUAACUUCUAUCCUGUUCUGACGACAUGUAGCAAGUUGAAAAUUGUGGAUUUUAGUGGUUACCCGUACGGAUUUGAGCUUAUAGACAAUGAUGAGGAUGAUGAUACCCAUAGAGAUAUUCGGCCAGACUUCUCUCUGGUGAAGGUCUUUCGCAUGUUGGAAGAAGUUUCGGGUUGGCUGGAAAAGCUUGUGUUGGGGUCGUCGAGUUCCAAGAUGCUUUUCAAGGAGACACCAACCGUCGUAAAUGUCGUCGAUCAAGUGUCUAAUUUCCGGCUCCCCUUCUUCCCAAAACUGGGGGAAUUUUACUUCAAUGCCGUCAACAUUUAUGGGAUAGGGCUCGAAAGGCUGACCAAGAAGCAUUUUCCAUCCCUGAAGAAGUUAUGGUUGCGGGAAGACCCCGAGUUUGACGGGAAUGGGCGCCUCUACCAAACUUUUAUGGAUGUUGAUACCCAUUUAAGUCACGUGGAAACACUCGGGAUGGCGAAUUUCCUCAUCGGUGCGAAAUCACGCCUUGUCUUGGAUAAUUUCCCACCGAUUGAACCCGCCUUCCCGAACCUGAAGUCGUUCUUCAUCACUAUUGACACCUGGUUGGGGGAUGACGGGCCUACGGAGAGUGGGGGACUCGCGGAAUUGUUGAAAUUGUUGGUGGCCAUGUUUGAUAAGGUGGAGAAUCUCGUGGUCCGCUUGGAUUGGGUGAAGUCGAUGCAGGAAGUUAUGCAUGCGACGGGUCUGCCCGAGUUGGAUGGUCUCAAGACGUUGAAACUUGUGGACUAUAACGAGACGGUAACUCAGGAUGAUGGUAGUGACGACCCGCCGGAAGACGUAACGUUUCCCGUCAUCGGACUCCUUAUUUUGGAAAACUUUACAUUUAAGCUGCGUGGCGAUAGUGGUCCGCGGAUAACAAAUUAUGUGGCGAAGCAUAAAGGAAACGUGAUAUUUACGAAUAGUGCCUCGUCCCUGAUGAGCAAGCGUCGGGAUUUAUAUUAACUUUAAUCUUCUGAAUAAUGAUUAAUUAGAAGAUUCAUUAAUUAGGUUUUUUAGAUUUAUGUAACGUGAACGUAAAGUAGGACAGGAUGAAUGAGGAAUUACCAAAAUUUAGAUUUAUUUUGUAAACCUUUUGUACGUUAAUGUAAUCUUGAACAUUUUUAAUAAUUUCACCACGCUGGGAAUUAAUUUAAAAUUCUUAACCAAAAAUUUGUAGUGAGUGAGUUGAUUUUUUAAGGGAGUUUCGAUUUUUCGGAAAGAUUUUCUGAAGUUUAAAUAUGAUUCGGCAAAGAGUGUCAAAAUCUGGGGUGUAUAAUUUUAAAAAUUUAUGAAAUCAAGACAUUUUUACUCAGUUCUUCUCAGCUCUGGACAAAUUUUUUGUAAUUUUCGAGUUUGUAGAGCAAUUUAGUUAGAAAUUUAUAAAAAAAUGUGAACGAAACUUUAACAAAAAAUUGUACGAAUUGUGGGAAAAUUGAUGUUAAAAUACUGUUUAACGUAAUUUACUCUGGAUUUGAAAUAGUUGAAAUCGUUAUGAAAAGCUAUGUAUUUUGAAAAGAAUCUAAAAUAUUUAUAUAUUUUCUUAAAAAUAAUGGUUAAAAUAUUAUAUGUGGAAUAACUAAAAGUAUAGAUGUAAGUAAGAAUAUUUAUAACAUUAGAAAAUCCCAGCCUUGUGGAAAUUUAAAGAUCUCUGCGUUUUUUUAAAGUUUGUACGAAUUUUUAUUAAGCAACCUGUUAAGGCUAAAUAAACCCUGUUUAAAAUAA